AAUUUAUAAACAGAAACAGUCACGCCGGAGCUCUUUAGCUCUCUCUCUCAAUCGAGCGCGGGCCAUUUUCAGCAAGGAGCAGACCAGCCAUUCGUCUACUGACCACACCGACGAGAGGAAGUGCCUUUGCAAAUGCCGCCGAUCGAAGCCCAUUUUCAGGUAUCGUACCUGUGGGUUUGAUCGUUCUGGUUAGCCUUUUGGGACUGUGUGGGAUUGGUUCGGUUUCUUUGGUUGUGGACAUUCUUAUCGUUUCUUACUUGUUAUUUUAGUUGAAUCUUGAAAUGGGUAUUGGCUUAUGUGCCUGUUUUUAUAUAUUAUUGUUCUUGGCUUGGAAUUAUUAGUAUUAUUGUUUCUUACUGAAUAAUUUUAACGUGAACAUUUGUUAAAUUUUUGACCUGAGUAUAGUAAUAAGUGUAUUUGAAAUUGGUUUCUUUCAAUUCUGUCACAAAGAAAGUCAGAAUUUAAUAAGUUGUAUAUUGUGAAGGUAUUCUUUAAAACAGGUGGGUUGGUGCUUUGGGUUUGGGUCUUGAAAUAUGAAUAAAGAAAUAAAUAAUAUGUAAAAUGAAAUAGAGUCUGGUAUGAAUGUUCAACAAUGCCAAAUGGGUGCAAAAGCUAAUAUAAAACUUUGAAUUCUCAUAUAGCCCAUGUGACAAAGAACCUGUCCUUUUCAAUUUCAAGACAAAAUUGCUUUUAUUAACGUGCGGACUACGGUUAUACUGGUGAAGAAAAAAAAAUCCAUGUUUUGUGGAAAAUUCGUAGUGUGGAAAAGUCAAGGAAGGAGGCGUUGUUGACAGAUUUCAUCAAUGCGUAAACAUAUCUGAAAUUGCUCCUCCUUCUCAUUGUUUAAGUAUGAGUGAUAAGCAAGGGGGGUGUGAAACUAAACAAUCAAUGGGCAUUCUUUCUUUUAUUUUUCUGCUUACUUAUUUACUCUUUUUGUUCUUUAAAGUCUCCUUUGCAAUAGAUAGCAUUACCCCAUCUCAAUCUAUUAGUGAUGGAAGAACGCUGGUCAGCAAAGAUGGAAGCUUUGAACUGGGUUUCUUCAGUCCUGGUAGUUCCAAGAAUCAUUACUUGGGAAUAUGGUACAAGAGUAUCCCAGUUAAAACUUUCGUUUGGGUUGCAAACCGACUCGACCCAAUCAAUGGCUCAUCUGGCUUGUUGAAAAUAAACAGCACAGGCAAUCUUGUGCUUAUGAGUCAGAAUGAGAGUGUUGUUUGGUCAAUAGGAUUACAAAAACAAGCCAGGAAUCCUGUGUUACAGCUACUAGACUCUGGAAAUCUUGUACUAAGAGAUGGAAAUUCAGGAAUCUUUCUGUGGGAGAGCUUUGACUAUCCGUCUGAUACAUUUUUACCAGGAAUGAAGAUGGGAUGGGACUUAAGGAAAGGUAUUAAGUGGCGUCUUACAGCAUGGAAAAGUCCAGAUGAUCCAUCUCCUGGGGAUUUCACAUAUGGGAUAGAAAUGCAUCCAUACCCCGAGCCUGUUAUUCGGAAAGGGACCGGCAAGUUCUACCGUACAGGCCCAUGGAAUGGUCUUCAGUUCAGUGGUUCACCAGAUCUAAAGCCCAAUCCGAUUUACGAUUACUUCUUUGUUUCGAAUGAGUAUGAAGUGUACUAUACCUACAACCUCAAAAAUAAAUCAGUAAUCUCAAGAAUAGUUUUGAACCAAACUAGCAAUACACGUGAACGCUACAUAUGGAUUGAAGCUAGUCAAGUUUGGCACCGCUAUACAUCAGUACCUAGAGACUAUUGUGACUAUUACGGCCUUUGUGGAUCCAAUGGAAAUUGUAUCAUUAGUGGAUCACCGGUCUGCCAAUGUUUACAAGGAUUCAAGCCUAAAUUACCGGAAAAAUGGAGCUUAAUGGACUGGUCUCAAGGUUGUGUACGCAAUAAACCUCUGAGCUGCGAUAAAGAUGGAUUUCUCAAAUUUGUUGAUUUGAAAUGGCCAGAUACUACAUAUUCUUGGGUGAAUCAAAGUAUGAGCCUCAAUGAAUGCAGGGCCAAGUGCUUGAACAACUGUUCAUGUAUGGCUUAUACAAACUCAGAUAUCAGAGGAAGUGGUAGUGGCUGUGCCAUGUGGUUUGGUGAUCUAAUGGAUAUUAGACAGUUUCCUUCUGGUGGGCAAGAUUUAUACAUCAGAAUGCUGGCUUCAGAGCUAGAGGCAAGUCAUGUUCAUAAGAUAAAGAGAGCAGUGAUAGUUGCUGCCACCCUUGCUGCAGUUUGUGGAAUGCUCUUAGUUGGCCUUUACAUUUGCAGAAGCAGAACAAACUUAAAAGUAAAAACAGAGAGAAGUGGAAUUAUGGAUUAUCAGAACAAUGAAGGCCAUAACGAAGACCUUGAGCUCCCUUUCUUUGCCCUAUCCACAAUAGUUUGUGCCACUGAGAACUUUGCAAUCAACAAGAAGAUUGGUGAAGGUGGUUUUGGAUCUGUUUACAUGGGUAUACUAGAAGAUGAACGAGAAAUUGCUGUCAAAAGGCUUUCAAGGAGUUCUGGACAAGGAUUGAAUGAAUUCAAAAAUGAAGUAAGACUAAUUUCCAAGCUUCAACACCGAAAUCUUGUAAAACUUCUUGGUUAUUGCAUUCAAGAAGAAGAGAAGCUGCUGGUUUAUGAAUACAUGCCCAACAAAGGCCUGGACUCCUUCAUUUUUGAUCAAAUGAAAGGCAAAUUGUUAGAUUGGUCCAAGCGCUUCCACAUUAUAUGUGGGAUUGCUCGGGGGCUUCAAUAUCUUCACCAAGAUUCUAGAUUGAGAAUUAUACAUAGAGAUCUCAAGGCAAGUAAUGUUUUACUUGAUAGUGAGAUGAGUCCUAAAAUUUCAGACUUUGGCAUGGCUAGAACUUUUGGAGGAGAUCAGUCAGACGGAAACACAAAGAGAGUGGUUGGAACUUAUGGUUACAUGGCACCAGAAUAUGCUUUUGAUGGACUCUUCUCAACAAAAUCUGAUGUCUUUAGUUUUGGGAUUUUAUUGUUGGAGAUCAUAAGUGGGAAGAAAAGUAGAGGGUUUUAUCAUCCAAACAACAAGCAUAACCUUAUUGGACAUGCAUGGAUACUGUGGAAUGAGGGCAGGCCUUUGGAAUUGCUUGAUGAAUUUUUAGGAGAAUCAUGCACAAUGUCAGAAGUAUUGCGUUGCAUUCAUCUGAGUCUCUUAUGCGUGCAACAACGUCCUGAGGAUAGACCAAGCAUAUCUUCUAUUGUUGUGAUGCUAGGCAGUGAGAGUGCAUUGCCUCAACCCAAACAACCUGGUUUCUUCUUGGAAAAGGAUUCAAAUGAAGGGCAAUUUCUCAGGAGUAAACGCGAAUCUUCUUCAACCAAUGAAAUCACAAUCACAUCGUUGGAGGCUCGCUAACAAUUUUUUACCAAUAUCAUACAACAUUGUCAAUGUAGAAUUAUAAUCAUCAUCAAAUAUUGUAAAUUGUAUUCCUACUCUCAAGUAAGAGAGUCCGCAUCAGUGGAUAUAAAAUUUUGUAAAUUUUGCAAAAAAAAAAAAAAACCUACAUUUUCUAUUUUACAUCCUCAUUUUUA